AUUUGCUGUCUCCAUUAGUACUAUUGUUGGCAAUUCAGAUUUUAGACAUUUUUAAUUGCCCGUCAAGAUGCCCCGUUAGCUUUAAAUUAAAUAUCGAGUAAUACUUUUCUAGUAUAGAGAGUCCAAGUACUUUCCGUCAGGCUAUUUGUGCAUCGGUUUUUUAAUGUCUAGAAAAACGGUUAACAUGGGCUCAAAUAUUGCCAAUUGUCAAGAAUUACAAAAAGAACUUGAAGAGGCAAAGGGUCAUUUGGAUUUGCUUAACGAUAAUAUUCGAAUGAUUGUGGGUCGGCCCAGAGAUUUGGGAAAUGAUAUAAACAUUGACAGUAGCAAGGAUGAAGGGUGUCAGAAAUAUGGAAAUGAAAGGAAGACCAGAAGAACUAGCGACAUUAAGUCGGUAUUUAACCGAUUAUCAGUGCCAAAUGAUGGUUUAAGACCUAGGCUAAGUUCACGCGUUAUAAAGGAAUUGCCAACUAGACAAGAAGUGUUAAAAGCCCAAGGAUCCGACUUAGAAUCCAGAGCAAGAAAUCGGAGAAUGUUUGGAUCUCUUUUAGGCACAUUGCACAAGUUUUGCCUAGAGGAAUCUCGUUUAAAAUUGAAAGAGGACAAAAAGGCCCAAGUAGAAAAAAAGUUAGAACAACAACAAUUACUAGAACGAGAGGCAUUAAGGAAAGAACGAGAUUUACUUUUAAUGGAGCAGCAAAAAAAACAGACAAAAAUUACAACUUUGGAGUUAAAAAUUAAUCGUUUGAAAGAUUUUACUGCUUUUGAAAAAUCAUUAAAUAGCUUUAAAUCUUGUAUUAAAACAAAAACGAUGCCUUCUAUUUAUUAUAGGCCAUACAAAUAUUGCAAAAAAACUGAAUUACUUUUGAAUAAUAGUCGGGAAUCAUUGCAGGCUGAAAUAAGAUAUAGAAAAAUAAUGCUCGACAAUGAGCUGAAAGAGUUUGAUCUCCUGAAUGUCAGUGAUGAUAAGAUUAUCAGAGGAACUGCAUUCAGUCAACAGACCACAAAGUUGAAUAAACCAUGUGGAAUUCAAGGUGAAAUGGAAUUCAAAGAAAAUAAGUCUAGGAACUCGAACGAACCAACAUUAAUUAGCAGUAUAAUUGUUGUUAAAAACAAUAAAUAGCUGUUUACAUAUUUGAUAGUAAAUGAAUAUCGACAAAUACGAACUUGUUUUAGCGGCAGAAAACAUUCCUGAAGUAAUUUCGAGGAAUGGUGACGAGUUGAAAGUCCUUGGCCGAAUAAAAAUCCGGGUCCGUUGCGGUUACUUACACCCGACUCGUGGGAACGGACUCAUUUACAUUGAUAGGGGGACUUGGCUGAUACCGACAAACUAUGAAAAAUAUUAUUAUAAAUAAAUAUUAAUUUAUAAAAAACUUAAGAAAAAUUAAUAUUUCACUUUUGACACUGAUUUUUAAAGCAGUGGCAAGUGAAGUAUAUGAUUUUGCCGAAGGAUAGUGCAAAUAUAAUCAAUUAUAAAAGUAAUGCUAAAUGUAGCUAUCAAAACUAUGAAUAUAUAGGGCGUAUUCUAAGCGUGUUAAGCAAUUUUAAAA